ACAUGGGUUUUGAAAAAUGAAGUGGUCAAAACUAUACGUAUGAAAGUGUCUAGUCGAGUCGAGUCGACCACUUUGUCGGAACUCUAAACCAAAAAAACCAUGCAUUUAAAAUAUUUUUGAUUCAAUAUUUGCAACCGGCUUUGUUUUCGUCCGUACAAAACCCUUGACCUACAAUAACCAGUCAACCUUUUCUUUCUAUUCAUAUAUGCCUUCCUUCUCAUUUCUCUCAUUUUCUUCCAAACCCAGAGAAUAUAUAAUAAACCACUAUCGAUCCCAUACUCUCUCUCUCUUUCUUUUUCAAGGCUAGUACUUAAGGGACGUUGAUGAAAGAUUAUUAUACAUGGAGAUGAAGAGGAAGAUGAUGAUGACAAAAGAUAGCAGCAACAUGAUGAUGAUGAUGCAGGGAUCUUCUAAUAAUUCAUCAUCACUUUCUGAUAUUAUCUCAUCAAACGGUUCUAAUUAUUUUCCAAUGUUUGAGUCGGCUACUGCUGAUCAGUUUUUUGGAGGUGAAAAUAAUAAGGGUUCCAACUUAGGGUUUAUGGAGCUUCUGGGUGUCCAUGACUACUUCACUACUACUAAUAUUCCUCCUGCUCCUUCGCCAUUCUUUGAUUUUCCAGCUUUAUUAGCUUCUACCAAUACUGUUCCAACUUCAACCACUACUAAUAUUACUAGUACUGAUCAUGAUCCUUUUAUUGCUAUUCCUAAAAAAGAGGUGGUCAUCAAUUCGGAUGCGUGCUUGAAUAGUACUAGUAAUAUUAAUAAUAACAUUAAUAAUCAACCUGCAACGCCAAACACUUCCUCCAUUUCUUCGGCUUCAAGUACCGAUGCUCUCAAUGAAGAACAGACUAAUAAUAAUAAAGCUGCAGACCCAGAAUAUCAAGAAGAGGAAGAAGAAGAUGAUGACGAAGAAGAAGGAGAAGACCAACCACCAAAGACCACCACCAAUAAACAGUUGAAAGCGAAGAAAACAAAUCAAAAGAAACAGAGAGAACCCAGAUUUGCGUUCAUGACUAAGAGCGAGGUUGAUCAUUUGGAAGAUGGCUACAGAUGGAGGAAGUACGGUCAAAAAGCUGUCAAAAACAGCCCAUUUCCCAGGAGUUACUAUCGUUGCACCAGUGCCUCAUGUAAUGUGAAGAAACGAGUUGAGAGAUCGUUUACAGACCCAAGUGUGGUGGUCACUACUUAUGAAGGCCAACACACACAUCCAAGCCCACUCAUUUCUCGUCCUACUCACCACCACCACACCACCGCCGCAGUUCCUCCGGUGGCAGCCGCAGCCUUCACCAAUAUGCCAUUUCAAUUUAGACACCACGGCCAGUUGCCUCAACAGUAUCACUUCAUGACUGAUCAUCAUCAUUUGUUAUCAUCAUCAUCACUCUCUUUGCCCUCUAACCAUAAUAAUAAUAAUAAUAAUAAUAAUAAUAAUAGUAAUAGUUUUGCUAAUAAUAAUAAUAAUAAUGGCAUAACAACAAACUCAUCAGCAGUUGCUUUUCUACAUGAGAGGCGCUUUUGCAACCCUUCACCAGCUCCAGCUUUGAUCACAGACCAUGGCCUUCUUCAAGAUAUUGUCCCCUCCAAUAUGAGAACAAACUAGCUAGAAGUAAUAGUAACUAGUCUACCAGCUUCAUAAUCAAUUAGCUAUAUACUACUUAUCAUUCUAUAAUAUAUUAAUGGUUGGUAUAGUUAUGUAGUUCAGUUCAGAUAUGCAAAACCCCAUUAACUACUGGUAUAUGUACUUUUCCUGCUGACCGGUGGUGGUAAUAUUUUUUUUUUUGGGUCUGAUCCGAAUUAAAGAUUUAUUUCCUUUUUUUUUUUUGCUUUUAUAUAUACAUUACCCAAAUGCUGAUGCUGAUUAAUCCAGCUCUGGGAGUGGCUAGUUAUUUUUAUUUUUUUUUUUAUAUUACUUUUUUUGGAAAAGUAAUGGAGGGGUAUACUACUAGAGAGAGAAGUACUAGAGACUAAAGAGCAAUGUGGGGUUUGGGGUUAUGUAAAUAAAGAUAGAUAACAAGUAUAGUAAAUGUGGGUUUCUUAUAAUUAAUUUCUUCUGACCGCUCCUUUGUCCUA